AUGGAGUCGAAAAGAGGGACCCUGGACAAGGCUGGAUACACUCAAGUGUCUGAAGAACACCCGUUUGCACCAGGCGGUGAUGCGGAUGGCCGGUCGUACGGUAUGCCGGGGAGCCAGCCACGCGAGUCAAUCACUGUGGCCUCAGAAUCGAGGGAACAGGCGACAGAUGAAAACAGUUUUCGUGAGCCUUCUCGACGUACGAGCGCGGACGGGAACCAGCUGCCCCAGCGUAGGGAGCCCGGAGAUCACACAACGGCGGAAUGCAGUGGUGACAAGGACCGUCUUCCAUCGGUUACAGGAGGUAGCCUUGUUGGGUUGGAAGCUCCUGUUCACGCUAGCAACGAAGUGGAUGCAGAGGCCUUCCUUUACUCAGGUGCUCACCAACUGAGCAGCUGGAACGAUUCCAUUGAAGUUGCUGAGCCACGGGAACAGACAGAACCUGUUUCCAGUGGAAGGCGACAAGGCUCUGUUGCAGAGGCGACGGCUUAUACGAAUGAAGGGGCAGUCAGGGAUGAGAACAUAACAAGUCGGUUUGGGUCAACAGAUGAAGCACUCGAUCUGCUCGGCUCAGGAGAUCCGGUAGCAGGCAGUCGAAGAAAGCAGAGCUCUCGAACAGAGUCAGUUCUGGAGGCGUAUCUUCCGGACCACGUCGGCCAUAAGCGGCAGACGGAAGAACCGAAACUCGAGCAGCAUUCGCCUCCUCUUCAGACCCGGAAGUCCCAUGGGCAAAAACAUUCUGAGCACCGGGUAACGAUUGUCGAUCCCGUGUGCGGCGACGCAGGGAACGACAACCUUGGAUCUGCACACUGGGCCUCUCCUGGUGUCUUCGAAGAUGAGCUUGCGGGCGCACUUUCCCCCCAAGAAGACUAUAGUGAAGACCAAGAAAACGCAAUCCCAGGUCAAAUACCCGAUGGCGGUAGCGAGAAUCCAACCCCCUCGCCGAAGUUGGUGAACGGCGUCAGGCCUGUAGAACAUUUCGGCGGGGAUGAUGGCACCCGUGGAUCAAGUGCAAAGGCAAGUGCAAACGUUGCAGGGGGCGGAAGACAGCAAUCUCCCAGUAUUCUCUCAGCAGCUGCGCAACUCCAACCUCCACGCCCCACUGUGAAAGUCGUCGUAACCUCCGACUUGGCAGAAAUAGAGGGCCGAGCAAACGCCAAACGACCGACCUUCUUCGAGUCCCUCCUAAAGGAUGACGGCAUAGACUACGGCAUAGAUCUGAGCAGGCUUGAUAAACUCCGAGUAGUGACCUUUUCCGGGGGCCGUGUUUUCGAUGCCGUCGAACUGGAGGAGAAUGGCAUCGUCGUGAAGGAACAAAAACGGUUUGUACCUUUCGAUAGGCUGAAGGAAUUCAUUCAAGUCAUCGUAGAUGACAUGGAAAAGAUGAAGAGACAGAGCAUUGACGCGAUCACCGAGAUGGAGUGGAACUUUCGGAUUCUAGAUCAAAAGCUGAAGAAACGCUGCGAAUUUCAGGUCAACGAAGUGAAGAAAAGAGCUUUAAACAAGCUCACUGUGCUGCGAACCACAGUGCUGGAAUACAAAACCCAAAUGGAGUAUUUCGAGGCUCAGUACAAAGACUUGAAGGACAGUUUUGACACGAAAUUACAGGCGUUCAAGGAACAAAUGCCGAGAGAUCUCCAGGAACUAGACGCGCAGUGGGCAUCUAAGAUGGCGGAACUGCAGAAGGUGCUCGACGCAACUCAAGAGGAGCUGGACGCAGGCCGUCGGUGUCAGAAAGAAGUGGGGGAAAAGAUAAAGAGGCUCAUGGAAGAGAUCACUCGAGCAGAGAGCGGUCCAUUCGACGCUUCAGUCAACGACGCCCUAGUCGAGAAAAUGGGCGAUCUUCUUAUUAUGGUUCGACUGGUUCUCCGAGACAACACCCGGGAACAAGUCGCGCUUUUUCUCCAGCAACUGUCCGCUCGUGUGGUGUCCGACUACCAUGAGAAAAGGGCAGGAUCACUCGAACACGAGAACCAGGUUCUGAAGGAUGCAUGCGGACCAGAAACGCAAGCGCGAAUCGAGAAAUACGAGAAAGAAAUCGCCGAUCUCCAGGCGGCACGCGAAGCCGCUCAAAGUCCCAGCGCCGCUGGAUCCAGUUCCAGCGGCGAGGAGGUCCAGAAACUUCAGAACGAGCUCACUGUGCUCCGCGCAGAGAAUAUGAUUCUCCGCAGAAAAGCUGGUCGUGAGGACGCUGCAGGCGAUUUCGAUCGGCUUCAAGAAGAUGCUCCGCGUGACGGCGCUGGGGUGGACCCGCUGCUCAUUCAGGACAUAUCACGGACAGUCGAGGAGCUGGAGAGACAAGUGGAGUCUCUGAAGAAUGAGAACGAGCAGCUCCAAAUGCAGUUGGUGGUAUGCGUAGAAGAAACAGCGAAAGGCGGCGGGGCGGCAGCCGUUGCAGCCAUAGGCUCUGCGAAGGCUAGCGACGGAACUGCUGCGAAGAUGGUACAACAACUGCAGCAGAAGAAUAAAGCGCUUGAAUCACAAGUGGAGCCGAUGAAGAAGAGAAUUCGAGAGUUGGAAACGGCUCAAAAAAGGGGCGGCGGCGACGAGCAGAGAGUGAAGGAACUUGAGAUGAAGCUCAAGGAUGCGGAGGCGGAAAACCGGAAACAACAGAAGCAGUUCGAACUGGAGCUGUCUAAGAGCUCCAAGGGGAGCGGCAUGGAGUUAAAGAAACUGGAAAACCAGGUGCAAAAGCUGACUGAACGAGCUGUUAACGCGGAGACCGCCCUGGAUGCAACAGACAAGCAGUUGAAAGAAGCCUCGAAGGAACGCGACGGCCUGAAGAAGGAAACUGAGGACAUGAAGAAGCAGAUGGGAGUAGCUCAGCUGAUUGCUGCUGAAGUGGAGACCCUGAGGGUGGAGACUAAGGACCAGAAAGCUAAGCUGGUCGAACUUGAAGAAAGCUACAAGCAAGAGAAAUUCCUGCGGAAAAAGUAUUAUAACGAAAUCGAAGACAUGAAAGGCAAGAUUCGCGUGUACUGCAGAGUUCGGCCCAUGGCGAAAUACGAGAUCGAGAAGCAAUGCAAACAGUCUGUCUUUCCUGUCGACGAGUAUUCCGUUAAGGUUCUUACGUCCAAAGGCGACAAGGAAUUCAUGUACGACAGAACAUUCCCUCCAGAGUGCACCCAGGAAGAGGUUUACGAAGACACCAAACGCCUGAUUCAGUCGGUCAUCGACGGCUUCAACGUGUGUAUCUUCGCAUACGGCCAAACUGGGUCCGGUAAAACCUUCACGAUCCAGGGUGGAGCGGGCAACCCGGGAAUUGCUCCGAGAGCCAUCAACGAUCUGUUCGACACCCUGAACAGCUUCGAGAAAGGCAAGUUCAAGUACGAAGCUGAGGUGUAUAUGUGCGAGCUUUACAACAACCAGUUGAUUGACCUGCUUCUUCCUGAGGAAAAGAAGAAAACUCCGCCGGCGCUCGAGAUCAAGAAAGACGCGACGGGCAUGGUUAUGAUCCCCGGAAUAACUCUAAAAAAGGUUGCAGAUAAGGAAUCCCUUGCCAAAACGUUUGCCUGGGGCCUGGACGCUCGUCACGUUAGCGGCACUGCAAUGAACGCCGAAUCUUCUCGAUCGCAUCUCAUCUUCUCUGUCAUCGUCCGAGUCGAAGAUCUUGUGGCCGGAAAGCGCGCAAGUGGAAAACUUUCGCUUAUUGACUUGGCCGGUUCAGAACGGGUUAGCAAGAGCGGCGUAACAAAGGAGAGACUCGUGGAAGCAAAAGAAAUCAAUAAGAGUUUGUCGGCACUCGGCGAUGUGAUUUCGGCGUUGUCAUCCGGAGAGUCGUUCAUCCCGUACAGAAACCACAAACUCACUCAAGUGAUGAGUGACUCGCUCGGAGGCACCGCAAAAACUCUCAUGUUUGUCAACAUAUCGCCUGCUGACUACAACACGGACGAGACGGUGACCUCGCUUAUGUAUGCUUCCCGAGUCAAGCUAAUUACCAAUGACGCUUCCAAACAAGUCGAAUCCAAGCAGCUGGCGACACUGAAGGACAAGGUGAAGCUCUUGACCAAAGCAGUGGAGAAACUGAAGAAGGGCGAAGAUAUAUCAGACCUCGAAAAGAAAUUCCAAGAGGAAGAACCAGCCGCCCCGCCCGAGCCAGAGGGCUGUCCUCCUACAGAGAAUGACGAAGAUUUCGAGGAACCACCAGAUCUCCCAGCUGACUAG